AAUAGUAUGGUUGGUGUGUAUGGUGGUGACGGCCGUGAUUGUCGGAAAUGGAAGGAUGUGUUCGGCUUUGGACAUGGAUGAAGUGGCUGACGCUGUUUGUCCAAAGAUUUAUGAAAAUGAAAUUAUCUCCGGAAAAUGUAUGGACAACCAAGACAACGAAGAAGGCGUACAAAAUUUGAUGGAUGAAACCAAAGACAUUUCAUCUGAUGUAAAGAAGUAUUCAUCGAGAGAAGACAAUAAUAAUGUAAAAGAGAUUUAUAACGAAGCAAAACAGAAAGUAGAGGAAGUCAAAAAUGGUUAUAGUGAAGAAGCCAAGGCCAAGCAUGAGGCUGCCAAAGAGAAAGAUUCAGAUGCUGUUGGUGAGGUCGGUGCUAAAAUGCGCCAAUAAGCACAUGUCUUUGUCAUGAAUGUGAUAUAUGUACUUCUAAAUUAGGAAUGAGGAAUAAAUUUUUGUUAGU